AUGUCAACGUCAUUUGAUUUUCCAUAUCAAGAUUCUAAACCACGCCCUGGCGACGGCGACAAGAUGCCAUUGAGACCUGCAGUAGUUCAUGGCGACGCAGCAAUAUUAAUACCACUUAUUAUCAUUAUUCCAGUAAUCUUUGUUGGUCUGCUAUGUUUCACAGCAUUCUACAUCUAUCGGUGUCGAAAACGACGAAUGCAACGAAGAGCAGAAAGCCUCGGUGAAGAAAAUAAUGAUGUAUCAACAAUGUCCUACAACAUUCUACACAAUUCAGCAGAAAAAGAAGAACUACCUCCACCAUAUAUGGUCAUUUCCGAAACAAAAGUAGAUCUCCCAGCAAUCAUACAAGAUACGAAAUAAUCUCAAAUGUUACCAAUGAACAAUCAUAUCGGUUCAUCUCUGUAUAUUCUACUGAUCCAACAGAUUUUUCAUAUUCAAACAGCCGAUAUGUGCUAUUGGCGAAAUCAAUCGGCGAUUGUGAUGAUCAAUUGUGAUGAUUCUUGUUGUAUGGGUAUUGCUUCAUCUCCUGAAUCAGCAUGUUGUUCCAGCACAUCGUGGAGUACAUUAGCAAUACCAAUUCUGAUAGUUAUUGGUAUUUGUCUGCUUGCAAUUUGUUUCGUAUAUUUUCGACCGUUACUGAAAACUUGUUGUUGUGGAUGUCAUCUUCCAUGCGCGCAUCGAAGUCGAAUUUCUUCAGCCAACUCAACAUCGCCACACAUGAAUCAUGUUUAUCAUAUAAAUAAUGAUGAUCUACCAGAUUAUGAAACAAUUAGCAAAGAUUCACAGCGUAAAGAAAUUACACCACCGCCUUAUAAUUUUGUUACGACCCAUCCAACUGAUUUCGGUCUCGAAUCACGUGUUCCUAGCGCUCCGCCACAAUACCGUUCGCGAGCUAACUCAGCUAUAGUAAGUCCUAUAACACCUGUUCAAUCCUGA